GAAGGAGCACGACGACUUUAUGCUGUGAAGACGCGCAAGCAAACAACUUUUUUCGAUGUAUUAGCCAGCCGGUCAUGCAGCAGCUGACUCAGCUAAGCAUCCUCCCCAGCAAUAAGCCAUGGCCUCAAACCGCUCCGACACCCGCAUAGUCCCCAUACACCAAGACCGGACCCCGCAGCGGCCAACCUCAGGACGGGACUUCCACAUCGCCAUUUUCUGCGCCCUCCCCCUUGAAGCCGAUGCUGUCAUUGCGCUGUUUGAUCAACACUGGGAUGACGAUGAUCCCCCCUACGUCACCCACGCCGGCGACCCGAACGCCUACUCGGUCGGCGUGAUUGGCUCGCACAACGUCGUGCUGGUGCACAUGGCGGGUAUGGGCAAGACCGAGGCUGCAGCUGCCGCAGCGCAUUGUCACGCAAGCUUUCCUAGUAUUAAGCUGGCGAUGGUUGUUGGCGUUUGUGGGGUUGUGCCUUAUAGCGCCGACGGUGAAGAAAUCAUCCUCGGAGACGUCAUUAUCAGCGAGGGCGUCGUCCAGUACGAUCUUGGGAGACGGCUCCCCGAGGGCUUUGAACGGAAAAGGUCAUUUCAGGAGUCGCUCGGAAGGCAGAGCGCUGAGAUCCGCAGUCAGUUGGCCAAACUGAAAGGCAUACAAAGGCGAGAGAAACUUGAGUCCAAAAUGAUGGUCUAUCUGGGUGCUAUCCAGUGCAAAGUACGUCUUGCAGCUCAGUACCCUGGCGUCCAGAAAGACCGGCUGUUUGAGUCGGAUUAUCGUCAUAUCACAGAUGGGAAGCUUUGUGAUGAUUGCGGCUGCAACGGUCCUCAGGUGGCACGAAACCGCCUGAAGCAGACAGAAAUGCAACAACCUAUCAUUCAUAUAGGCUUGUUUGCAUCGGGUGAUACUGUACUAAAGUCCGGAAAAGACAGAGACACUCUUGCAAAAGAAGAGGGUGUUAUCGCAUUUGAGAUGGAGGCGGCGGGGGUAUGGGAGAUUCUGCCCUGCAUCGUCAUCAAGAGCGCAUGCGAUUAUGCCGACAGCCACAAAAUGAAGGCCUGGCAGCGAUAUGCAGCGGCGACAGCAGCAGCAUGUUCCAAGGCGCUUUUGGAAUUUUGGCCAACUUCUGCCCCCUUUUCAGAACCACUACCCGCCCCUGGGCCGGAAUCUGUUUCUGAACGACAGGCUGGUCUGGGACACAGAACACCGCAAUACCACAUCCCUUUGCUCCGAAAUCGCAAGUUCACAGGUCGCAAUAAUAUUCUUGAUGAGCUACAGCAAAGACUGUUCAUCGACGAUGACUGUCAGAGGCUGGCUAUUGUCGGACUCGGCGGUGUCGGCAAAACCCAAGUUGCCCUACAGUUAGCUUAUUGGGUUAAAGAGAAUCAGCCUUGUUUCUCCAUUUUCUGGAUCCCCGUCAUCAGUUUCACCACCUUUGAGGAGGCGUACAUCGAGGUUGGGAAAAAGUUGCAAGUGCCUAUGGAUGCCACCAAAGAAGACCCAAAAGUUUCGGUACAGCGAUACCUCAGCUCAGAGCAGGCAGGCAAGUGGUUUCUCAUCAUCGAUAAUGCAGAUGAUAGCGAGAUGAUGUUUGGGUCGAGCAACAACUCGCAAAGCAUUAGUCAGUAUUUGCCUGAUAAUGAGUACGGUCUUAUUAUAUUCACUACUCGGUCGAGUGAAGUGGGUCAGUCAGUGGCUGGAAGCGACGUCCUUAUGCUUUCGGAGAUGAAUAAAUCGGAGGCUAUGACUAUGUUGGAAAGGUCCCUUGUUCGAAAGGAGCUGGUUCAAGACAGUAUAUUGGCGACUGAGCUCUUGGAAAGGCUCGAGUGGCUUCCUUUGGCAAUCACACAAGCUGCUGCCUAUCUCAACUGCAACAGACAAAUGUCAAUACGAAGAUAUCUCGAGCUGCUUGGUGGUACCGAACCGGACAUGGUGGCGCUGAUGAGUAGAGAAUUUCGGGACAACACAAGAUAUCGGGAAUCAAGAAACGCAGUGGCAACCACCUGGCUGGUCUCUUUUGAUCAAAUACAAAGGGAUGACAGUGCUGCAUCCGAUAUGCUGGCAUUUCUUUCCUGCAUCGAGCCAAAAGCCGUCCCGCGCUUCCUUCUCCCUAAUUUUGAAUCAGCGGAGACUGAAAACGCCAUCGGAACCUUGUGUGGAUAUGCAUUCCUCACCGUCCGAGAGGACGACCAAAUGUACGACAUGCACAGUCUAGUACACUUGGCGACAAAACUAUGGAUUGCAAAUGCGGUACGAACCGAAGAAAUAGCAUUGAACGCUCUCCGACAUCUUCGUGACGUUUUUGGUCAGUUUGAUUGUGCAGACCGCCCUUUGUGGCAAGGCUUGCUCAGCCAUGCUUUACGGCUUCUGGAUAGGAGCGAAGAAUACCAGGUUGAAGAACGAUUCGACUUAUUUUACAGUUUGGGAUGGUGUUUGAACGAGGAUCGACGUUUUAAAGAGGCUACACGGUGCCUUGAAGAAAGCGUUUGCUGGCGAAAGGAAACACUCCCAGAUACCCAUCCUGACCUUCUCAAGGCUGAACAUGAUUUGGCAAAUGUCUACCUGAAUCAAAGGCGAAUGACAGACGCCAUCGGACUAUUGGAGCGCGUUUUAGCGGUAAGAAAACAGACAUUGGAUGAAAGAGAUCCCAGCCGAUGUUCGUCUGAACAUGAGCUUGCAAGGGCUUACCUUGGAAAUGGCCAAAUCGAAAAGGCCAUCGAAAUAUAUGAACACGUCGUGACGAUAAAAAAAGAGACUAGGGAUGAAAUGGAUAAUAGUCGACUAACUUCCGAGCAUGGGCUUGCAAGAGCAUACCUUGACGCCGGCCGAACGAAAAAAGCCAUUGAAAUAUUUGAACACAUCGUGACGAUACGAAGAGAGACAUUAGAUCAGAGAGAUCACAACCGGCUUGUGUCUGAGUACGAGCUUGCAAGAGCCUAUUGUGAAGAUGGAAGAAUCCAACAAGGCACUCAGUUACUCGAAAAGAUUGUGGCGAUAAGAAAGGAGACACUGGAUAAAGCAGAUGACGAACGGCUUGCAUCUGAGCAGCGGCUUGCAAGGUUAUACCUCGAUGACGGGCAAACCCUAAAAGCUAUCAAAUUACUCGAACACGUCGUAACGGUCCGAAGAGAGACAUUAGAUCAAAGGGAUCACUCCCUGCUUGCGUCUGAGCACGAGCUUGCAAGAGCGUAUUGUGAAGAUGGAAGAAUUCGACAAGGCGCUCAGUUAUUCGAAAAGAUUGUGGUGAUAAGAAAAGAGACAUUGGAUAAGACGAAUCGCAGCCGACUUGCAUCUGAACUUAGCCUUGCAGUGGCGUAUUUUAAAGAUGACAGAAUCCGACAAGCGACCCAACUAAUUGAAGACGUUUUGGCGAUAACAAAAGAGGUUUUUGAUAUUGAAGACCGCCAGCGACUUGCCACCGAACAUUGGCUUGCAAAGGCAUAUUUUGCAGAAGGAAAGAUUCAAGAAGCGAUUGUUCUGAUCGAUCAUCUUGUGAAUGUCUACGAAGGCUUGCUGGGCAUAGAAGACCCGGUUUUUUUAUUGGCAAUCGACUUGCAAGAAAAGGCUCAUAAUAUGAUCGACGGUCCUGGGGUGUGUGACUCUCCGUCGAAGGCUGUAGGAGAGGUUCCAAAAGAGCGCUCAGACAAAUUCCCAGGCGGUUAGCCGUGCUUGGAACAUCAGGAAAAGGAAGGCCAAGUUUUAGAACCUUGUAUAAUACGACGAAAUGCCUAGUUGUCCAAGCAAAACCACAUUGGGAGCUACGAAAGAUUACACUGCGC